AUGUCAACAACUCAACGUAGUGAAAGUAUUAACACAUUUUUUGAUGGGUAUGUUCAUUCCAAAACUUCUCUCAAGCAAUUUGUUGAACAAUAUGAGCGGGCACUCAGGUGUAAGGUUGAAAAAGAGUUCCAAGCAGAUUUUAAGUCAUUCUCGCAAAUGGUCCUAUGUGCUACUAAGUAUGCAAUUGAAAAGCAAUUUCAGGAAAUGUAUACAAUAUCAAAAUUUAGGGAAUUUCAAGAGGAAUUUAUUGGGAAGGUUUACUGUGAAGUUGUAUCUUCUAAUAUGGGUGGUCUGAUGCCAAGGUACGAUGUGCAAGAAGAUGUUAUGCUUGACGGGAGAGUUAGGAAAGAAAUGUUCACAGUUUUAUUUCAAAGAGAAACUACUGAAUUUGUUUGUAGUUGUCAUCUAUUUGAGUUCAGGGGAAUAGUGUUCAGGCAUGCGAUAUCAGUUUUGCUCCGUAAUGAUGUCAUUGUACUUCCCAAGAGGUAUAUCCUUAUGAGGUGGAGGAGAGAUGUAAGUAGACGACACACAAGAGUAGCAGUUAAUUACGAUGGUUGGAUAAACACUCAUGCUCAAGUAAGAUUUGACAAAAUGUGCAAUGCAUUUACUAAUAUAGCAAACUUGGCGGCUGAUGAUGAAAACCAAGUUUGUGGGAUCAUGGAGUGGAUUGAAUCUAAAACAACUCAACUUUCCAUGUCACAACCCAUACAUGGUGGUGGAAGUAAUUUGGAUUCCCAAGCAAGUGUACAAGUGGCCUUUAAUUCUCUAUCAACAGAACUUGUUGGAAAUGCUAACAUGCUCGAUCUGAUAUACUCGAGAACUAAAGGAGCUCCGAAGAAAUUACGGAAAAAAAGUCAAUUGGAGAAGAAUUCUAAGAAAUCCAAGACAGUUGCGAGUACAGAUAGAGGCAAAACAAAGGUUUAA